AUGGAGACGCGUGGGACGCGGCGUGGGACCGUAGUUUGUGGAUUGGCGGGUGUGGUGGAGCUGUGUACAGGGACGGUGAGGAUCUCGGUGAGAUGACAUCACUUCCACCCUCCAUCACCACGACAGACUCGUGCUCCUCAGCCGGCGACGGUGGCAGUCCGGACAUCCCGCGAAGGAAGCGGUCUUCCAAACCCCGCACGCGCGCCCGCAGUCCCACCCAGCUUGUCCGACUACGCCGGCUGAGGCGUGCCAAGGCGAACGACCGCGAGCGCAACCGCAUGCACAUGCUGAACCACGCGCUGGAGAAGCUUCGCACCGUGCUGCCCGCCUUUCCUGAGGAGACACGUCUGACGAAGAUUGAGACCCUUCGCUUCGCCAACAGUUAUAUCGUGGCUCUAGCUCGUACUCUGGAAUCGGCCGGCGGUGGUGGCGGUGAUGACGGUGGCGCCGGAGGGGGAGUCCGUGACGCGGAUGGCAGUGUGCUGCUUGCGGUGGGUAACGUGACCGUGCGCCUGGGACGGGAUGGAAACACCGUGAGUGCCCAGCCGGCAGCACUGAUGUCGGAUACUGGAAUGUUUGGAGGUCCGGCCACGCCGGUCCCAGUGAAAACAGAGCCCAGCUACUCCCCACAGAACGUCCUGUACCCGUGCUACGAGCCUCCGACACCCGCGGCGUAUGCGGGUCACGUGACCGCCGCGGGCGGUUUCGGGUCAUGGCCGGCGGCGAUGGAUUUUGGACGGUCAGCCAAUCAUCAGGCUGUGUUUGAUGGUGGCCACGCCCACUCGCUGAUGCCUACCACGUGCUAUGCGGGCGAUGGGCACCUUCAGCCGGACUAUGGGUGUGGGUUCAUGUUGUGAUUGUCACGUGGUGUCUGCAAAGUGUCUUGUCUGGGGCUGAGAGUCAACAUUCGAGCGCGUCAUAUGCCUUGAGCCGUUAAAGGAAGCAGUCUUGCCAAUUUAGUCAAUUAUUUUUUGUUGUA